AUGAGAUGGUACUAUAAACUCCCAUCAAAGCUUCUUCAUACGAUAUCACCUCUGAACUCUAAUUGUAAGGGUCAACCAAGCUUAAUAUCAGCUAUUAACAAUACACUGGAAACAAGGAGAAUUCAAGAGCAGGUUAUUCGUGCUCUGUUUUUAUUUGUUAUGGCUACCGCUGAAGUUGAUUUGUUAUCUCAUAGUUCUAGUUCAUCAGUUACAUCAUAUCUUAUUCACUUAGUGUUUACUUCAUUGAGUCCUGGUGGUACUAGGGAAUGGAUUCCUUCUUGUUCCGAGGAGUUAAAACCUAUUGUCGGAAUGAACUUUAAAGAUCCUGAGGAAGGUUUAUCAUUUUAUAAAGCUUAUGCUACUGCUUCGGGUUUCACUUCUAGAAAAAGUACUACUACAAGAAGGAAGAAGACCGAUGUAGUUGCGUUCCAGUAUUUUGUAUGCAAUAAAGAAGGUUUUAAGGCGUCUCGUAAGCCUAUUGUGGAAGCUGUUGAAGAAAAAUUAGACAAGGCUUGGUCUACACGAAGGCGAAUUCUUACUCGUGAUAACAUUGAUCUAGUGAAGGCCUUUAGAAUAAUGAAGGAGUUAACUGAAUCAUAUGACAAUGUUGAUGCAGAAGGUCAUCUCUGUAGAGCAUUUUGGGCAGAUCCUAUUUGUAGAAAGAAUUAUGCUCUUUUUGGAGAUAUGGUUUCAUUUGAUACUACAUUUAAAACAAAUAGGUAUAAUAUGAUAUUUAGGCCAUUUACUAGAGUUGAUCACCAUAAAAAGUGUAUUACUUUUGUUGCUGCCUUUAUAUCUAAUGAGGAUAUAGUGUCUUUCGAGUGGGUUUUUAGAACAUUUGUGAAGGCAAUGGGUGGUAAUGAGCCUCUUUGUUUGAUUACUGAUGAAGAUCCUGCAAUGAAAGUUUCUUUUCCUAAAGUAUUUCCGUCUACAGAGCAUCGGUUUUGCAUGUGGCAUAUUAUGAAAAAGAUGCCUGAGAAAGUGUGUUGUGAUCUUCCACCAGAUUCUGACUUUCUACAAAAGAUUUGCAAAGCUGUUUGGAGUGUAGAGAUUGAACUGGCUGAGUUUGAAGAGAGGUGGACUAAGAUUUAUGAUAAGCGUGAAAUGUGGAUUCCGGCUUAUUUUAGGGAUUUAUUCUGGUGUGGUAUUAUGAGAACCACAUCUAGGUCAGAGAGUGAGAAUAACUUUUAUACAAAGUUCACUAAUCCACAUCUUACCCUUGUUGAGUUUUAUAUGAGAUUUCAAAGUGCAUUAGAUGCUCAACGUCAUACUCAAGGUGAAAAUGAUAAUUCUUCUAAACAUAAACAUCCUGAGUGCAAGACACGUUCUGCCAUAGAGAAAUUUGCCUUUGAAGUUUACACGACAACUGUUUUUUAUGAGUUUCAAGACGAGGUGGAAUUAGCUCUUUUCUCUUGUGGUCUUGAUGGUUUUAAGAAAGAAUUUGGAUUGGAAGUUUAUACUAUUGGAGAAGGUUGUCGUGUCCGCAAGUUUGAUGUUCUUUUUAAUGUUGAAACAUUGGAUACUAGUUGUUUAUGCAAGUCAUUGAAAGGCAAGGGAUUCCUUGUAAGCAUAUGGUUUGGGUUUGGAAGGCAAAACAUAUUCUCAAAAUUCCCGAGGCUUAUGUGCUUAAUCGAUGGAGUAUAA